AUGUGUUUUAUAUUUAAUGAUUGUCUGCAAGUUUUCAUCCCUAAACUUACUCAAGAUGAGAGUAAGGAGAGGCGUAAACUUAGAAAAUUAUACAUCGAUGGUAAACGUUAUGGAAUGCAAAAAGGUACAUCACAAUCAAUAGAUGUUAUAGCAUCUACUUCUGGUUCAUCAUCCAUUCCGCAUGACAUGGUCAAUGUUACAACACAGGCGUCCAUUGAAUAUGGAGUUUUUGACCUGAGACUUCUUCAAAAUGACUGCAAAGAGAGACAGAGGUUAAGGAAAUUAUAUUUAGACAGUAAAAGAUCUACAAGUCUACAACAACGAAAAUUACACCCUUCCAAUACUUUAACAUCUUCUACUGAUUUAAGAUUGUUAUCUUUCAACACGCACAAUGUUACUCCUACAUCGUCGGUGUUACCUACAAGUAAUGUUAGCUGUAUUACAAACAACUUGACUACUCCAAUAAACAUUCGUCGUUUUUCUCUAUCUUCAAACAUCACAAAUUCUGGCAACACAUCUACUAUUCUCGAAAGUUCUUCUUUACAGAGGAUGUCGCCAGGAAAACGUAAGUUAAUAAGUAAAUCUCGAGUUACAUCUCCUAUACCAAUGAUUGACUUGACGACAGAGGAAACUACAGAUGAGGUAAUCUACAAAGGAGUUUCAACAGAUUAUUUCGAUCAUGGUGACCAAUGUAUUACUUGUGAAGUAUGCAAUGCUAAAUUAUGGGAUGCUGAAAAAGGAAGGGGAAGAAAAGAGAAAGGAAGAAUAUGUUAUUUCUUAUGUUGUGGCUAUGGCAAAGUAGAGCUACCAGAUUAUAAAGAUGUUGUUCCAAGUUAUAAGAAACUUUUUAUGUAUAAGGAUAAAGAAAGCAAACAUUUUUUGAAUAAUAUUCGACGGUAUAACUCCAUGUUUGCUUUCACGUCAAUGGGUGGUAAGGUUGAUCCCACUGUUAACAGAGGUAAUGGACCAUUCUGCUACAGAAUUAGUGGAGAGAACUACCACAGCACUGGAAGCCUGCUUCCGGAAGACGGAGAUCAACCUAAAUUUUGCCAGCUCUACAUUUUCGAUACUGAAAACGAACUUUCCAACAGACAAUCUGUUUUUAGUCGUUCCAAGGAUUCAUCCUCCUCGAGUGUGGCUGAACUUGAUACUAAACUGAUUGAACAUAUAAAAUGUCUUUUAGAUUCAGAAAAUCAGUUGGUAAAAGCUUAUAGGAUGGUUAGAGACUGUUUUCAUGAAAACCCUGAUCUUAAUCUCAAGCUUCGUCUAAUUGGUAUUAGAGAAAAGGAUGGACGAACAUAUAAUUUACCAACCUGUGGUGAAGUUGCUGCUCUAAUUGUUGGGGAUAUUGCCAACACAAUCAACAAUAGAGAUAUAGUUAUUGAAACGCGGACAGGUACUUUGAAACGAAUUAGUGAAUUGCAUCCUUCAUACCUUGCACUUCAAUAUCCUAUUUUGUUCCCUUAUGGAGAUGAUGGUUACAGAAUUGACAUCCCUCAUCGUGGUGUCGUAGACGUAAUCAAUAAGAAACGUCCAAAUUGUACAAUGAGAGAGUUCUUUGCAUAUCGUUUGCAAGACAGAAUUAAUCAGUUUUCAUUGAUUCUAAAUUCAAGGAGACUCUUUCAACAAUUCUUGGUUGAUGCGUAUACUAUGAUUGAGAGCGAAAGGCUUAACUACAUACGACUUCAACAAAAGAAUCUAAGGUCAGAUAGCUAUGAAAGUCUAUGUGAAUUAAGAAAUAAGGGCCAGCAAGACAUAUCUAAGGUUGGAAAACGAAUAUUUUUGCCCUCUUCGUUUACCGGUGGCGCGAGAUAUAUGAUGCAAAAUUAUUUAGAUGCCAUGGCUAUCUGUAAGUGGUUUGGUUAUCCGGAUUUUUUUAUAACCAUCACGUGCAAUCCAAAGUGGCCUGGGGUAAAAAGGUUUCUUAGAGACACAAAUCUUAAACCUGAAGAUAGGCCCGAUAUACUGACCAGAUUAUUUAAAAUAAAGUUGGAUUCAAUUUGCAAAGAUUUUAAAGAACGCCAUCUAUUUGGAAAAGUUGCAGCAGUUGUUUACACAAUCGAGUUUCAAAAGAGAGGAUUGCCUCAUGCCCACCUAUGCUUAUUCUUAGAAAAUGAAUCCAAACUUCCAACGGUAGACCAUGUUGAUCCAUUUAUAACUGCAGAAAUCCCUAAUGAAGAAGAAGAUGCAGAAUUAUAUGCGCUUGUGAAAGACUAUAUGAUUCAUGGUCCAUGUGGCCCUGAUAGAGCAACCGUUGCAGUUGUCCAACAUGAUAGUAACAAUGAAGAACUAGAACAAGACGAGGUCAAAGAAUAUUAUGAUUGUAGGUAUCUAUCGGCUUGUGAGGCAUCUUGGAGGAUCUUCUCCUACGAUGUGCAUUACAGGACUCCUUCUGUUAUGAGGCUGCCAUUCCAUCUUCCCGGAAAACAACCUGUUGUUUUUGGACCCGACGAGGAUAUUAAUCAAGUCCUUAACAAACCAUCUGUCAAAGCUUCAAUGUUUCUUUCCUGGAUGGAACGUAACAAAGACCCAAAUGACACAUUGGCCCGUACACUUACAUAUGUUCAGUUUCCAAGUUGGUAUGUAUGGAAGCUUGAUAAACGUUGUUGGGAACCUAGACAAAGACAUAAGUCUAUUGGAAGAAUUCACGCUGUAAGUCCGUCUCUUGGGGAAGCAUAUUUUUUAAGAAUUCUUCUUAACAAAGUGAAAGGACCAAAAUCUUUUGAUGAUAUUAAAACAGUUGAUGGUAAGGUAUAUGAUACAUUUAGAGAUGCAUGUUAUGCACUCGGUCUUUUGGACGAUGACACAGAAUAUAUUGAGGCAAUCAAGGAAGCAAAUGAAACUGGAUCCCCUUCGUAUCUUCGAAAUUUAUUUGCUACUUUGCUAUUAACAAAUACGUUAUCCAGACCAGAGGUUGUAUGGGAAAGCACAUGGAGAUACAUGACAGACGACUUUAUCUACAGACUUAGAAAAUAUCAUCGAGUUACAGCUUUAUCAAUUCCAGAUGAGCAGCUUAAAAACUACGUUUUGAGUGAAGUUGAAAAAUUCUUAGCUAGAAACAACUCAUCACUCAAAAGAUUUGAGACAAUGCCGUACCCUGAUAAUGCGUCUAUGUCUGAUUCAGACAAUCGUUUGAUUAACGAGGAGCGUAUCUACGACCAAACCAAUCUUGAAGUUGAAUUUAAUAAUCAACUUAAUUUGCUAACUGAGGAGCAACGUGGGAUCGCGUCGUUGUUAUUGUCUGGUGGCAGGACCGCGCAUUCCAGGUUUCGUAUUCCAUUGAAUCUUACAGAGGAUUCAGUUUGUCAUAUAAAACCUGAUGGAGAUGUAGCUAGACUACUACACGAAACAAACUUGAUUAUAUGGGAUGAAGCGCCUAUGGUCCAUAAGCAUGCAUUCGAAGCGUUGGAUAGAACAAUGAACGACAUUUUCAAUAUCGACACUUCCAACAGAUCACAUAUCCGCUUUGGAGGGAAGGUUAUUGUUUUAGGAGGCGAUUUUAGACAGAUCCUUCCAGUUGUUCCAAAUGGUGGAAGACAAGAGAUUGUCAAUGCCUCAAUUAGUUCGUCUUAUCUGUGGAAUACAUGUAAGUUGCUGAGACUAACAAAAAACAUGAGAUUAACAGUUGGAAGUUCAGCAUCUGAUGCUGAAGAAAUAAAACAAUUUGCAAAAUGGCUUUUGGAUAUAGGUGAGGGAAAUGUUGGAGGUCCAAAUGAUGGAGAAGCAUCAAUUGAAAUACCAAGCGACCUUCUGAUCACUGAUACAUUGGACCCCAUUUCAACUUUAAUUGAUUUUGUGUAUCCUUCAAUUCUUGAAAACUUCAACAAUCAGAAUUAUUUCAGUGAGAGGGCUAUACUUGCACCUAAGAACGAGGUUGUGCAUGAAAUUAAUGAUCGGUUGUUGUCACUAUUCCCAUGCGAAGAACGAGAAUAUCUUAGUUCAGACACUCUUUGUCAGUCUGAAAAUCCAAACGCUACACAACAAAAACUAUACUCUCCUGAUGUGCUUAAUGGUCUUAAAGUGUCCGGCUUACCUAAUCAUAGACUAGCACUAAAAGUUGGUGUGCCGGUGAUGCUAUUACGUAACAUUGACCAACAAAAUGGUCUUUGCAAUGGUACACGACUACAAGUCAAAAAAAUGUAUAACCGUGUAAUAGAAGCCGAGAUAAUAUCCGGAGGGAACAUAGGCACUCGCACUUAUAUACCAAGGAUUAGUUUGAUACCUUCUGAUAAAAAAAUUCCGUUUGAGUUUCAAAGGAGACAAUUUCCAUUGGCUGUUUGUUUCGCAAUGACUAUUAACAAGAGUCAGGGACAAUCACUGUCUAGAGUUGGUCUGUAUCUUAAACAGCCAGUUUUCACCCAUGGUCAGCUGUAUGUUGCUUUAUCGAGAGUUAAAACCAGACAAGGAGUUAAACUUCUGAUUUUGGACAAUGACGGCAAACCUACUAAUAAAACGACAAAUGUAGUUUACAAAGAAGUAUUUCGUGACUUGUGA